AUGACACUCCCAUCACAAGAACUCGGCACAAGUAUCCCAAUAACUUCAAAGCAUGCGAUAAGCGUAACAUUACCAACAUGGCAAUUGGUACUUGAUUUCUUAGAACGUGACGAAUCGGUUCUUCAGAAGAUGCCCAUGGGCUAUCCACGUUUCCAGAUCCACCCAAGCAUUAAGAAGCUGUGUGCCUACCUUGAAGGUCUGUAUGCGAAGGAAGGUGAAGUGGCAUUUGUCUUUCCAACUUAUAACGUUGCAAAGCGUUGCUGUGAUUUCGUUGUUGAAAAGAGUGAGAUCAUUCCAAACGUGAGGGUCUUGCAAUUGGCUGCAGUCUCACCAAAGGGUGAAUGUGAAAUGGAUGUUGUUUUCCUUCCAGAAUCGGAAUUUGCACUGGCAAAAACAUAUUGGGAGUAUUCAGGUCAAGGAAUCUCUUCUAGAUUUGCAGAGUAUGUUUUAUACCAUUGCGAGAUCAAACAAAGAGCAUUGGGGAGUUCCAAUACUCUCAAGUUAAGCAAUGCAAAAGAUCUUGUGAGAUCACGCAUUGCUGAUAUCUUAAACGACAAUGGGUCAAAGUCACAACAUACCGAUAAAGAUGACAUUUAUCUAUACCCAAGUGGAAUGUCCACCAUAUUCAACAUUCAUAGGUGUAUGUUGGACACUUUGCCUAAUGCUAAGUCUGUUUGUUUUGGAUUCCCAUUCGUUGAUACCUUGGGCAUCCUCAAAGAUGUCGGUCCAGGUGUUCAUUUCUAUGGGUUUGGUGACGAGGAAUCACUUGACUCACUAGAGGAUAGGUUGGCAAACGGCGAACGGAUUCUCGGUUUGUUCUGUGAAUGUCCUUCAAAUCCAUUAUUGAAAACUCCAAACCUACAAAGACUUCAUGAAUUGUCUAUUCGUUAUAGAUUCCCAGUAGUAGUGGAUGACACAAUAAGUGGGUUCUAUAAAGUUGACGUGAGACCAUAUGCAGAUGUAAUUGUUUCUUCUCUAACGAAGUUCUUCUCUGGCGAAGCAGAUUUGAUGGCUGGGUCCUUGAUCUUGAACAAAGAGUCCAGUUUUUAUAACACCUUCAAGAAGUAUUUCAAUCAAAGCUUUGAAGACACAUUCUGGGAAGAGGAUGCCAUUCAACUGGAGAUUAACUCUCGUGAUUUUGUCUCUAGGUGUCAAUUGGCUAAUACAAACACUGAAGCUGUUCUCUCUCUGUUCAAGGCAUGCCCAAUCAUCAGCAAAGUGUUCCAUCCAAGUGUUGACAAGUCCAAAGCGUAUUUCGAUUCAGUCAAGACUAAACACGGUAGUUACGGUAUGUUGAUAUCAAUUGUAUUUGAAAAAGAGGAACAAUCAGCUGCGUUCUACGACGCUCUUGACUUGCACAAGGGACCAUCUCUCGGCACAAACUUCACACUAGUGAUACCAUUUGUCCUAUUGGCCCACUAUAAAGAGUUGGAUGAUGUCAAGCAAUGGGGAGUUGAUAGAAACCUCAUAAGAUUGAGCAUCGGGUUGGAAGAUAAGGAGCUUCUUCUCAAAUCGUUCCAAAAGGCAUUGGACAGUGCAAUGCGUAUAUAA